CUUUUAAUGAGGUGGGGGUUUCUUCAUUCCAGAACGCCUUUGUUCAGACAACAGAGGCUUAAGGUGAAACAGAUCGUUGAAAUAAAGAGAUUUUAUUGCCCUGCAAAUCUUAUUUUUCUUCUCUUUAAAGAUCCUACAGAUCAUUGUUUCCUUAAGAAAAAUAAAGUAUUUGGGAUUUUUGGUGGGAAAGGGACAUAAACUGACAAAUUUAGUAACCAGGUUACCUCAAACUGGUUUGUUUGGAUGGAUUUCUUCCUCCAGCAUCUCACUGGCAGCUCAAAGGCUGAGGAAAGGUGAAAGAGUGAAUCUUUGGGAACUGUUGCACAGGUCAGAUGUUACUGGGCGCGCGCCCAUCGGGGUUCGGCGGUGUUCUGAGUGAGGCGCAUGCGCUGUGCGGCGUUUUUUCGGACCCAAGCGGACCGUCUUUUUGGAGAGGGGCCCGGAUGUGGGGGUGGGGGUGCAGAUGCCGGUGCGUGUGAAGAGGCGGGGCCGUGGGUGGGGGCACAGAGUCACAUCUUUAACUCUGAGGCUUCGGGGAGAACCGCCGCUCGGGUCUCCGGUUCCGUACUCUCUCUGGUCUGGUUUUCCGGGCCCUGAUUCGGGAUGACUAUGGCGCUCCUGCACAUCUUCCUGCUGCUUGCUCUGCAAGAGUCCACCUGGGCUCAAGAGGGUUCAGUGGAAGAAGUUUUGGACAAUGAGGGCCUUCCGGAGCUCAGUGACGUGUGCACUGAAGGCAGCUGUUACCCAGCAACCGGGGACCUCCUGAUUGGCCGAGCCCACCAGCUGUUUGCCACUUCCACCUGCGGUCUGACCCAGCCCGAGCCUUUCUGCAUCGUCAGCCAUCUGCAGGAGGAGAAAAAGUGUUUUCUGUGUGACUCCACUGUGCCGUUCGAGGAGUGGGCCAACCACACCAACAGCCACCGGAUCGAAAACGUGGUGACGACAUUUGGCCCAAACCGGCUAAAGACCUGGUGGCAGUCUGAGAACGGUCUGGAGAAUGUCACCAUUCAGCUGAACCUUGAGGCGGAGUUCCACUUCACUCAUCUCAUUAUGACCUUCAAGACGUUCCGACCUGCCGCCAUGGUGAUCGAGCGCUCAGCAGACUUUGGAAAGACGUGGCAGGUUUACCGCUACUUUGCCUACGACUGCGAAUCUGCCUUCCCUUCAGUUCCUCAGGGUCCGAUGCAGAAGGUUGACGACGUCAUCUGUGACUCGCGUUAUUCCGAUAUUGAGCCGUCCACUGAAGGAGAGGCGAUUUACAGAGUUUUGGACCCGGCAUUUCGGAUAGAUGACCCUUACAGUCCACGAAUCCAAAAUCUGCUCAAGAUAACCAAUCUGCGAGUCAAGUUCACCAAGCUUCACACGCUGGGAGACAACCUGCUGGACUCACGCAUGGAGAUCAAAGAAAAGUACUACUAUGCUGUCUACGACAUGGUGGUCAGAGGAAACUGCUUCUGUUAUGGACAUGCCUCGGAGUGCGCCCCCGUCCAGGGAGCUGCCCAGAUCAUGGAGGGGAUGGUUCAUGGUCACUGCAUGUGUAACCACAACACUAAAGGACUCAACUGUGAACAGUGCCAGGACUUUUACCAUGACCUUCCCUGGAGACCAGCCGAGGGACGCAACACCAACGCCUGCAAAAAGUGCAACUGCAACCAGCACUCGGACGUGUGUCACUUUGACAUGGCGGUGUUUGUCGCCUCUGGAGGUGUCAGUGGGGGAGUUUGUGACAACUGCCAGCACAACACAGCAGGACACAAGUGUGAGCAGUGUAAGCCGUUCUUCUACCAGCAUCCCGAGAGAGACGUCAGAGACCCCAACAUCUGCCAGCCCUGUAACUGUGAUCCCCUUGGCUCGGUGAACGGAGGACUUUGUGAAGGAAUGACGGACGUCCGAGCUGGUCUGAUCGCUGGACAGUGCCGCUGUAAAGUUAACGUGGAGGGCGAGCGCUGCGACCGCUGCAGGCCGGCACAUUACGGGCUGAGCGACGAGCCUGAAGGUUGCAAAGCGUGCACCUGCAGUCCUCUGGGAACUGCUCCUGGAGGAAACCCGUGUGACAGCCAAUCAGGAAACUGCUUCUGCAAACGUUUAACGACUGGACGAGACUGCGACCAGUGUGUGCCUGAACACUGGGGUCUGAGUAACGACAUGGACGGAUGCAGACCCUGUGACUGUGAUCUUGGUGGAGCGAUCCACAAUCAGUGUGACCAGAUGAGCGGCCAGUGUGUUUGCAGAGAUCACAUGUUUGGUCGGCGCUGUGAUCAGAUCGAGUCUGGAUUCUACUUCAGCACUUUGGAUCACUAUACCUACGAAGCCGAAGAUGCCAAGUUUGGACCUGGGGUCUUGCUUGUCCCGAGGCCUCAUCCUCAGGACCGCAGUCCCACAUGGACGGGUAUCGGCCUCGUCAAUGUUCCAGAAGGAGCCUUUCUAGAGUUCACUAUAGACAACAUCCCAUACUCCAUGGAGUACAAUAUCCUGAUCCGAUACGAGCCUCAGCUCCCGGACCAAUGGGAGGAGGUUCUGAUGACAGUGAUGAGGCCUGGACCAAUCAGAGCGGACAGCCGCUGUGUCAACACUGUGCCAGACGACGAUAACCAGAUGACCUCGCUGCAGCCCGGCUCACGGAAUGUGGUUCUCCCCAGGUCAGUGUGCUUUGAGUCCGGCUUGAACUACACGAUCCGGCUCAGUUUGCCUCGGUACUCUGCGCUUGGAGAUGUUCAUUCUCCGUACACACUCAUCGACUCGAUUGUGCUGAUGCCAGACUGUCAGAACCUGGACAUGUUCACGGCCUCAGAGGGCGGAGAGUCCAGCAGCUGGGAAAUCUUUCAGCGUUACCGAUGUCUGGAAAACAGCCAGAGCGUGGUGAAAACUCCAAUGACCGACAUUUGCAGAAACUUCAUCUUUAGGAUUUCAGCUGUGCUGCACCAGGGAGCCAAAGAAUGCCAGUGUGACCCUCAGGGCUCACUGAGCACAGUGUGUGAUCCCAAUGGUGGUCAGUGCCGAUGUCGCCCCAACGUGGUUGGCCGGAGCUGUGACCGAUGCGCUCCUGCGACCUUCCAGUUCGGACCCAGUGGCUGCAUAGCAUGUGAGUGCGACCCGCUGGGCUCUCAGAGUCUGUUCUGUGAUCAGCUGACCGGCCAGUGCGUCUGUGUGGUCGGUGCGUACGGCCGGCAGUGCGACCGCUGCCUGCCGGGUCACUGGGGCUUCCCCGCUUGCCGACCCUGCUCCUGCAACGGUCACACCGAGACCUGCGACCCCGACACGGGCAGCUGCCUGCACUGCAGAGACCACACUGCAGGACACAGCUGUGAGAGGUGUCUAGAUGGUUACUAUGGUGACCCAGUGCUGGGGUCAGGUGACCACUGUCGUCCCUGCAUGUGUCCUGAUGGUCCAGAGAGUUUGCGUCAGUUUGCUGGAAGCUGUUUCCGUAGCGACGACUCCCAGCAGGCCGUAUGCGUUUGCAGCACUGGAUACAGAGGAUCUCGCUGUGAUGAGUGUGCUCCAGGUUACCAUGGAAACCCAAAUGAAGUGGGGGGGCAGUGUGUUCCCUGCCAGUGCAACAACAACAUCGACAUGCUGGACCCCGAGUCCUGCGACCGUCAGACCGGCGAGUGUCUGCGAUGUCUGUACCACAGCGAGGGCACGGCAUGCCAGGACUGUAAGCUGGGUUACUAUGGCAACGCAUUGCUGCAAGACUGCCGGAAAUGUGUGUGCAAUCAUCUGGGCAGCAGCCCGUCCAGCUGCUCUCCGUCUGGGGACUGUCACUGCAACCGCAGCAGCGGUCAGUGUCCCUGUCUGCCCAACGUCACUGGCCAGUACUGCGACCGCUGUGCGCCGGACACCUGGAACAUGGCAAGCGGCCUCGGGUGUCAGAGCUGUGACUGCGACCCCAAACAUUCGUACGGGACGUCCUGCAACCAGAUCAGUGGUCAGUGUUCUUGCCAACCUGGUUUUGGAGGAAGAACCUGCAACGAGUGUAAGGAGCUGUUCUGGGGGGACCCUGAAGUCAAAUGUUACGCCUGCGACUGCGACCCCCGCGGCAUCUCGGAGCAGCAGUGCAACAAAGCCACCGGCCGCUGCGUGUGCGUGGAGGGCGUGUCCGGGCCGCGCUGCGACACUUGCGCUCGCGGCUUCUCUGGAGUUUUCCCCGACUGUCAGCGCUGCCACCAGUGCUUCGCGGAGUGGGAUGAUGUCAUCGGCCAGCUGACCAACCAGACGCACCGGCUGGUCAACAAGGUCAACGCUCUUAAAGCCAGUGGCGUGAGUGGACCGCACAAGAAGCACUUUGACAGCAUGCAGAAAAGUGCUGCGGAGAUCCAGGUCAUCCUGGACCAGAACCUCGCCUCACAGCCGCUGACGGAGAUCCAGCAGCUGCUGCAGCAGGCCAGUGACCUGAUGGGGACGCUGAGUCAGACUUUGAACCGCACCGAGCAGACUCUGGUGGACCUGGAGGACCAGAACUCUGUGACCAAGACAGAAGUGGACUCUCUGAUGUCAGACACUCAGAAACUGGAUGAAACAGUCCAGGAGCUGCAGCUGCAGGUCCAGUUCAUCAAGAACUCCAACAUCCGAGGAGCGUCCGACAGCAUCACAAAGUACUUCCUGCAGUCUCAGGCAGCAGAAGCUCGAGCUAACGCCUCCACCGUGGACUCUGGCAGCCCAACAGAACUUUCUGCCGAGCUGCGCCAGCUCACUCUGGACACUCUGAAUCAGACGCAGGAGAACUUCACCAGCAGACACACUGAGCAUGCCCAGAACCUGGACGAGCUGGCGGGAGAGCUGCAGACGUUGGACCUGUCAUGGCUUAACCAGAAGACGUGUGGAGGUUCCUCGUCCGCUCAGGACUCGUGCCGCUCUCCUUGUGGGGGUCUGGGCUGUGAGGGGAAGAGUGGAUGUGGAGGAGAAGGGUGUGACGGCGCCGUGACCGCCGCUAACACCGUUCUGAUGAAGGCCCAAGAGUCCGAGCAGGACAUCGCCAACGCCCUGGAGGAGGUGGACCAGCUCUCCAAGAUGGUGUUGGAAGCCAAGCUCCAGGCAGACGAGGCCAAACUGAACGCCCAGAACGUGCUAAAGAACGCCAACAGAACCAAACUCAAAGUGGACCAGAGCAACGAAGAGCUGCGCAGCCUCAUCCGACAAAUCCGAGACUUCCUCACGCAGGACGCUGCUGACCCGGACAGCAUUGAACACGUGGCCAAUGAGGUUCUGGCCCUGCAGAUGCCAACCACACCGGCUCAGCUCCAGAACCUCACCGAUGAGAUCCGACUGAAGGUGGGGGAACUGGGAAAUGUGGAGUCCAUCCUGGAGCAGAGCACCGAGAACAUCCAGAGAGCUGAGGCCCUGCUGGAGCAGGCACGGCGAGCCAGGGAAGAGGCGUCUGGUGUCAAGGACUCUGCGGAUAAAGUGAAGCAAGUCCUGGAAGAGGUUCAGAAAGCUCAGACGUCGGUUGGCAGCGCCAUCCAGCAGGCUACCGCCGAAAUCCAGAACACCAAAGAGCUGCUGUCUUCCGUGGAGCUAGAAACAGCGAGCGCAGAGCUGAAAGUCAACAACGCCACGGUGAGGCUACAGAAACUGGAUGAAGAUGUGAUGCUGCUGCGGAGCAGGAACCUGAACGUCAGCGUGAGCACCAACAGGACCGGUCAGGAAGCUGCAGUCAUCCAGAACAUGGCGGACGAGGUCAAGCAGGAGCUGCAGUCGGAGGUGAAGCAGAAGGUCAGCACUGUGGAACAGCUGAUUGAUCAGAAGGCAGUGGGAGUGGCUCAGGCAAAGGACAGGGCGGAGUCUCUGCAGAAGGAGGCCAAAGAGCUGCUGCUGCAGGCUGCUGACAAGCUGCAGAUUUUAAAAGACCUUGAAGCGUCUUAUGAAGAUAACCAGCACGUUUUGGAGGUGAAAGCUGAGCAGCUGGUGGAGCUGGAAGCUGCAGUGAAGGAGCUGCUGCAGGACAUCAGCCACAAAGUCAGCCUGUACAGCACCUGCCUGUUCUAGGAGCCAGCUCGUCCUCUAACAGCUCUCACUCUUUGUGGGAAAUCAUCAACAGAAAACGAGUGUUUUUGCUGAAAUGUGGCAUCGAGUCAUCUAUUGUCUAAUGUGGUUGCUGAGUUUCAAUCAAAGAAGGUUUAGUUUAGGUUUUUAAAGUCUGAAGUGUUGAAUGUUGUGACCAUGUGACUGCAAUACUUUAACUCACUUGUAUGUAACCACACAUGUAUGAUUUAAAGUUAACCUGCAUUUUCAUUUCUAAUAAACGUUCUAUAGAAAAACC